CCCACACGUCCUCCUCCUAACCCCCAGCCGGAAGGGUCGUCUUGCUGCGGAGGGGUCUGGGGUCGAGGUGCGUUGGGAGGGCGCCACGAGUGCAGAGCCCGUGCUGAGUGACCGUCGCCGGAGAACUCUUUCUAGAGUUCUGAUGAAACAUCGACAUUCCUGUGUCAGCGUCUCCCCAGGAAAAUGUCCUUGCCCCUUACAGAGGAGCAGAGGAAAAAGAUUGAAGAGAAUCGCCAAAAGGCUCUGGCCCGUAGAGCCGAGAAAUUAUUAGGCGACCAGCAUCCAAGCUCAGGCAACCCUUCCCAGAAUCCCCUGCAGGAGUCUUCUAAGCCAGUGACCCACGAUGGGGUGUUCAAGCAAAAGAAUCCCCCUAAUGCAUCGAAUCCUCUUGACACGCCAAAGCCAGCAGGCAGGAGAUGGCAGAGUCAAGAAGACAAGCCGGCAGCCUCCCCAAGCCAUAGGGCAUCAUCAAGUCAGCCCACCAUCGCCACGGACUUUCCUCCCCGGGCACAAAGCUCCCCAAAGGUCCCCAACCAGCAGGACUUGGGUUCUGAGUUAGGGCAAGGCCAUGCUCAGGUGUCACACGAGGCUAACACAGCUCCUGAGCUCUUGGCUAAGCCGGUGGGCUCCCAGCAGGUGCCAGCUUUUUCCCUGGGACAGGCCUCUGAGGAUCCUGAAUUAGCGCCCGAGAGCGCAACACCCUCCACCUCCGGGCAGUCCAUUUCUGACGUCUUCUAUGGUUCACGGAGUGUGCCUUCCCGGGCAGAAGGAAAACUCCAGCAGGAUCUAGGAAACUCCCUCCAGAAAGGAGUCGGCUGCCAGCAGGGCAAGUGCGUCCGUGAAGGAGACCGCUUCCGAGUGAAGGUCGGCUACAGCGCUGAGCUGCUUGCUGUGUUUAAGAGUCUGCCCAGCCGGCAUUACGAUCCUGCCUCCAAGACCUGGGACUUCAGCAUGACCGACUACAGCGCUCUGAUGAAAGCUGCUCAGCGCCUGGCCACGGUCACCCUGCAGCCUUUGGAAGGGGCCAGUGGCAGGGAGUCAGCCUCCACCCCCAGCGGGGUGCAGGCCAGCCUCCCGCUUGCCCCAUCCCUCACCUUUGUCCAAGGCCGAUGCAUGCUCAUCUCCCGGGUCCGCUUCGAGGCCGACAUCGGCUACUCCGAAGACCUGAUCUCGCUGUUCCAACAGAUGAAUUCCAGGAAUUACGAUGCCAACACCCGGAAGUGGAAUUUUCUCUUGGAAGAGCACAAUAAGCUAAUUGAGAGAGUGCGCUGCCUCCCGCAGGUCCGGCUGGACCCGCUGCCCAAGACCAUCGUCCAGGCUUUCGCCUCUCAACUCGAGAAGACGUCUCUCCACCUCACGGCUGAUGUCCCUGAGGCUGACCUUUCCGGAGUGGAUGCCAAGCUCGUGUCCAGCCUGAUGCCCUUUCAGAGAGCCGGGGUUAAUUUCGCCAUAGCGAAAAGAGGCCGCCUGCUGCUUGCCGAUGACAUGGGCCUCGGGAAGACCAUCCAAGCCAUCUGCGUUGCGGCCUUUUACCGGAAGGAGUGGCCGCUCCUGGUGGUGGUGCCCUCGUCCGUGCGCUUCACCUGGGAGCAGGCCUUCCUCCGGUGGCUGCCAUCUCUGAGCCCCAAGCACAUCAAUGUCGUGGUGACCGGAAAGGACUGCCUGACAGCUGGCUUGGUCAACAUCGUCAGCUUCGACCUUCUUAGCAAGUUGGAAAAGCAGAUUAAAACUCCUUUUAAAGUUGUCAUCAUUGAUGAGUCUCACUUCCUCAAAAACAUCAAGACUGCCCGCUGUCGAGCAGCCAUGCCCAUUCUCAAGGUGACCAAGAGGGCCAUCUUGCUGUCGGGCACACCGGCCCUGUCGCGGCCCUCGGAGCUCUACACGCAGAUCGUCGGGGUGCGGCCGACUUUCUUCCCUCAGUUCCAUGCUUUUGGACUGCGCUACUGUGACGCCAAGCGGCUGCCCUGGGGGUGGGACUACUCGGGCUCCUCCAACCUCGGCGAGCUGAAGCUCCUCCUGGAGGAAGCGGUCAUGCUGCGGCGCCUCAAAUCCGACGUCCUUGCCCAGCUCCCCGCCAAGCAGCGCAAGAUGGUCAUGGUCAUCCCAGGACGCAUCAACGCCCGGACUCGGGCUGCCCUGGAUGCCGCAGCCAAGGAGAUGACCACUCAACACAAAACUAAGCAGCAGCAGAAAGAAGCUCUCCUUCUCUUCUUCCACCGCACGGCGGAGGCCAAAAUCCCGUCUGUCAUCGAGUAUAUCCUGGACUUGCUGGAAAGCGGCAAAGAGAAGUUUCUAGUGUUUGCACACCAUAAAGUGGUUUUGGAUGCAAUUACGAAUGAGCUGGAAAGGAAGCACGUGCAGCACAUCCGCAUCGACGGCGCCACCUCCUCCGCGGACCGCGAGCAGCUGUGUCAGCACUUCCAGCUGUCCGAGAGGCACGCCGUGGCCGUGCUGUCCAUCACCGCGGCCAACAUGGGCCUCACCUUCUCCUCGGCCGACCUGGUGGUGUUCGCCGAGCUGUUCUGGAACCCAGGGGUGCUGAUCCAGGCCGAGGACCGGGUGCACCGCAUUGGACAGACAAGCUCCGUGGGCAUUCACUAUCUCGUGGCCAAAGGCACGGCAGAUGACUACCUUUGGCCCCUGAUACAGGAGAAGAUCAACGUUCUGAGUGAGGCCGGCCUGUCCGAGACCAGUUUCUCCGACAUAGCAGAAACCACCGAUUACUUCUACAAGGACCCUGCGCAGCGGACGAUCUACGACCUGUUUCAGAGGUCCUUCGAGGACGAUGGAAGCGACCUGGAGCUCCUGGAGGCCCUGGAGACCUUUGACCCAGGAAGUGCUUCCGGCAGCCAGGACGCGGGGGAACCCCAGGACCAGAGCACACCCACCGCCAGUCCGCCCAAGAAAAGAAGAUUCGAGUUUUUUGAUAACUGGGACAGCUUUACCUCUCCCCUGUAAGAGGGUCAAGUCAGCUUUUUUAAAUUGCGGAAUUCAUUAAAAUAAAAUAAGGCGUUGUUUCUUUU